AUGUCUACCCUCUUCUACGGCGCCGUCGUCUCCCCCACCUCGCUCACCACUUACCUCGCUGCCCCGCAUGCCUUGCUCAGCGUAUCACGCGUGACCGGCGACAUCGAGUGGCUCGAGGAGGAUGUCUCCGCUAGUGCGUUGCAGGACAUCCUCGCGAAGCACGGGCAGGCAGGCGCGGUGGACCUUGUCGAGCUGAAGACGGGAGAGUUUCUUAUGCCGGGCUUUGUCGACACGCACGCGCAUGCUCCUCAGGUGCCGAAUGUUGGCAGCGGACAACAGUAUGAGUUGCUCGACUGGCUGACCAAUGUCACCUUCCCUAUGGAAGCCCGCUUUUCCGACGUCGAGUUUGCAAAGAAAGCGUACCCCUCCGUGGUGCAGCGAAUAGUCGAUUGCGGAACCACGACCUGCUGCUAUUACAGCACAUACCACCUAGAGUCCACAAAGGUUCUCGCAGAUAUCGUGCACUCUCGUGGUCAGCGAGCAUUUGUCGGGAAAUGUAACAUGGACAGCAACUCCGUGCCGUACUACGUCGAGCCCUCCGUCGAGGUCUCCAUGGCCAAUACACGCACCAUCAUCGCCUACAUCCGCGCCCUCCCCGCGCCCUCCCCGCGCGAACCGCUCGUGCACCCCAUCCUCACCCCCCGCUUCGCCAUGGGCUGCACGCCGCAGCUCCUCGCCGCCCUCGGCGCGCUCGCGCACGCGGACCCCGCGCUCGCGAUCCAGACGCACAUGGACGAGAACGCCGGCGAGAUCGCCGCCACGCGCCGCCUCUUCCCGCCCGCCAGCCUCCCGCCCCCGCCCGCGCCGCCCCCGCCCGGGUGCGCCGGCCGCGGCACGUACGCGGGCGUGUACGACGCGUACGGGCUGCUGCGCGCCAACACCGUCCUCGCGCACUGCGUGCACCUCGAGGAGCCCGAGGUCGCGAUCAUGGCCGCGCGCCGCGUCGGCGUCGCGCACUGCCCGACGAGCAACUUCAACCUGCGCAGCGGCUGCGCGCGGGUCGGCAUGCUCCUCGACCGGGGCAUCAAGGUCGGGCUGGGCACGGACGUGUCGGGCGGCUUCUCGCCGUCGAUGCUGCGCGCGGUGCAGGACGCGAGCAUAUGCUCGAAGGUCAUCGCGAUGCAGGCGCCCCCGGCCGACGGGGACACGGGAUUCGCCGGCCAGCAGCUGCGGGUCGCGACGCUGCUGUAUCUCGCGACGCGCGGCGGCGCGGAGGUGUGCAACCUCGAGGGACGGAUCGGCUCGCUCGCGCCGGGCAAGGCGUUCGAUGCGCUGGUCGUGAGCGUGCGCGACGGGGCGGGCAACCCGGGCGUGUGGGGCGCGGACCUCGACGACGCGCUGGGGAUGGGCACGCCUGGCCGCGAGGGCGCGCGGUGGAAGACCGAGGAGGACGAGCUGCGCGGCCACCUGGAGCGUUUCCUCUUCUGCGGGGACGACAGGAAUAUCCGGCGGGUGUACGUGCAGGGGCGUAUGAUUGGCGGGAAGGAGUUUCGAGGGUGA